AGCAACUGUUGCCCAGUGAGGCAACGCCAUAGUCCCCGUAGUCCUGGCGACUGUAACCCACCAACAACAACCUCUCGCUCCAUCAUUACCACCUCCUCCACCAUCCUCAUCUUCAUCAACCAGUCCGCAGCUCAGGCGCCAUGCAGACCCCUGAAGCAGGCGCUGACUCCACCUCCACCGUCCCUCUCCAGACCACCGUGCCUGUCCAACCUACUGGCUCCACCCAGCAGGUUCCUGUUCAGCAGCAGCAGGCGCAGACUGUGCAACAGGUGCAUGUUUACCCAGCACAGGUGCAGUAUGUGGAGGAAAAUAGCGGCGUCUACACCAACGGCAACAUAAGAACCUACACAUACUCGGAGCCGCAGCUCUACAGCCAGAACAGUGGAGGGAGCUACUUUGACACACAGGGCGGCUCAUCGCAAGUGUCCACUGUGGUGACGUCUCAUGGCAUGACCAACAAUGGAGGAGGGAGCACUGGAGGAAUGAGCAUGGGUAUGGCAGGGGGUCAGGUAAUCAGCAGCAGUUCUGGGGCUUACCUGAUGGAUAACGCUGGACCCCAUCCUGCCACCCAGACUGCUCGAGCCUCUCCAGCCACUAUUGAAAUGGCGAUUGAGACACUCCAAAAAUCUGAGGGUUUAUCCAGUCAGAGAAGCUCGCUGCUCAACAGCCAUCUCCAGUGGCUGCUGGACAACUAUGAGACAGCAGAGGGAGUAAGUCUACCACGAUCCACCCUCUAUAAUCAUUACCUGCGCCACUGCCAGGAGCAGAAACUGGACCCUGUAAAUGCAGCAUCUUUUGGCAAACUCAUCCGCUCCAUCUUCAUGGGACUCCGUACAAGGCGCCUCGGGACAAGAGGGAAUUCGAAAUAUCAUUACUACGGUAUACGCGUGAAACCAGAUUCCCCGCUCAACAGACUUCAAGAAGACAUGCAGUACAUGGCGCUCCGGCAGCAGCCUGUUCAGCAGAAACAGAGGUUCAAGCCAGUGCAGAAGUUUGACAGUGGCUCCGCAGAUAAUUACACAAGUGGGGGGCAGCACCAUCCUGGAGCGGCAGAGCAGACAGUCAUUGCACAGAGCCAGCACCACCAGCAGUUCCUUGAUGCAUCGCGGGCCCUCCCUGAUUUUGUAGAGCUGGACCUGGGUCAGAGCAAUAUGGACAACAUCAGUACAGAGGAUGUGAAAGCUCUCCAGUCCCUUUACAGAGAGCACUGUGAGGCUAUCUUGGAUGUUGUUGUCAACCUCCAGUUCAGCCUAAUUGAGAAGCUGUGGCAGACAUUUUGGCGUUACUCUCCUCCUGACACAGUAGAGGGCGCCACAGUAACAGAAAACAGCAGCAUAAGUGAGAUAGAAGCGCGGCUCCCUCGAGCACAGCUUUUGGCGCUGUGCAGGAACGAGGCCGUUCUUAAGUGGAUGAGCACCUGUGACCAUUUAAUGUACCAGGCCCUCGUGGAGAUCCUUAUUCCUGAUGUCCUGAGACCCAUUCCCAGUGCCUUGACUCAAGCCAUUCGCAACUUUGCCAAAAGCCUGGAAGGCUGGCUUAGUAAUGCCAUGAAUGCCAUUCCACAGAGAAUGAUCCAGACCAAGAUUGCCGCUGUAAGUGCCUUUGCGCAGACGUUGCGCAGAUAUACAUCGUUGAACCACCUGGCUCAGGCGGCACGUGCCGUGUUGCAGAACACAUCCCAAAUAAACCAGAUGCUGAAUGAUCUCAACCGCGUUGACUUUGCAAACGUACAGGAGCAGGCAUCCUGGGUGUGCCAGUGUGAGGAGGGCGUGGUCCAGCACUUGGAGCAGGACUUCAAAGCCACCCUGCAGCAGCAAAGCUCUUUGGAGCAAUGGGCAGCCUGGCUGGACAACGUGGUUACCCAGGUGCUCAAGCCUUACGAGCACCGGCCCAGCUUCCCCAGAGCAGCUCGACAGUUCCUGCUCAAGUGGUCCUUUUACAGCUCUAUGGUGAUCAGAGACCUGACCCUACGUAGUGCUGCCAGUUUUGGUUCCUUUCACCUGAUUCGCCUGCUGUAUGAUGAGUACAUGUUUUACCUUGUGGAACACCGGGUGGCUCAAGCUACUGGAGAAACACCCAUUGGAGUCAUGGGCGAGUUUGACAACCUCCACACCUUAUCCCUCGCUAGCAUGGAUAAAGAUGAAACUAGCGGGAUGGACAGCGACUUAGAGGAGGACACGGAGGAGUCCGGGGAACCUCUCGCCAAGCGGGAGAAGCCGGAGCAUGAGGUAAUCCAAGUGAUCCAGGUCGGGGGACUGGAGGACGGGUCCCACCCUGUGGUGGGCGUCGUCCAGCAGAGUGUUCUCCACUCACUGCCACAGCCUCUGCAGGACCACACUGAACACAUCCUAACGCCCUCUGUUGGGACUCCCACCAUCCGCCACUGCAGCACCACAGGCAACACUUACGCCUCCGUUUGAGGGUCAAAGGGCACAGCUCACCUUGUCUGCCUAGUUUUACCGUCUCACUCUCCACAUCUCACUCUUUACGUCUAGAUGUCUGCAUCUUUUUACAUGCAUUGUCUCUGUUUGCACUCUAUCCAGCAUAGUAGGUGGAGGAGUGACACUCUGGCCAAGAUGUGCUCUGUCCUUGUCCGUUUGGAUUCUGGAUGUGUAGUCACCUUGUUCAGUCUGAGGAAGGGACCUGGAGGUGAAGGGACUCGAGUGCGCCAUUAAAUGUUUCCUCUUCAGACAUGAUUUAACGCUUCUGUCUGUGCUCACAGAAGGGUUUUAUUCCUUCAAACUGCUGAUGUCUCAGAGCUCAAAUCCAUGUCACUAGUCCCAGUAGAGCAAAAUGCAUUGACUCACUCAAAAACUCCACCUGUUGUACAUAGUUUUGCUGUUCUUUUCGAUUGCUAUUACUCUAAACUCAUGGUGCUAUCAUUGUGGUCUGUUUUCAUGGAAUUUCUUUUGUCUUUUCUGAUUUCUGUCAACAUCCUGAUAGACUUCUGAUCGAAGGAGAUGUUUCUGAGUAUUGUAUGUAGCUAGAAAACAAAGGGUCAGUUUAUGUGCAUUGUAGAAAUGAUGGGAAACUUCGGGUUGACAGUUCUAUGGUAGCCACUUGCACAAAAACAUUUGCAUCUCUUAGCGAUAUGAAAAAAAAAAAGACCUGUACUGCUGCUUUUGUGUAUACAGAUGAGAUUGGGGAUGAAAUGGAAAAAAAAGCUUUUUAAUGCACAGCAUGCAUAAUGCUUGCCUUUUUAGAUGCAACGUAAUGUGGUUUACGUGACGUAAUCUUGAAAGAAACCUGGCGGCUAUGUUCCCCUGCUUUUUGCAGUUUCUCACUUAAUGAAAUUUCUUAAGUUUGCAGUGGACCAAAAAUACAACCACCAGAGGAAGCUCUCGAUGCCACACGGAUGCUGUCCCUUGUCCCGCAGUGCCAUGUUGCGACGCAGAAUAAAAAAACUAUAUAGAAUGUCAGGGAUUCAAUGUACCUCGGCUUUAUCAUAGUGCCUUAUCCUUAAAUGCAGCUCGUCCGCGUAGUCCUGACUGAGGUUGCCCAGCCGCAGAUUUGGCUUUCUGGUGACUCGUGGCUGGAUUUGGGCCGGCUCAUCAGUUCUUUGAUUUUUUUUUUUUUUUUUACUUCUGAACCUAUCUGAGUCACAGUUUUAGCCUUGUCCUGCCCUCACUCUGCCUUCUUGAGGCCUAUUCUCACAUUUAGCCUUUGUCAUCGGAUGAAGUGACCGUGUGUCUGCGUGGGUGUGUGUCUUUGACUUUGUUUUCUUGGGUCUGUGCUGUGCUUUUUAUGUGCUCAUAUACCCUUCAUCUGUGUGUGUGUGUGUGUGUGUGUGUGUAUGUUUUUGGAACACAUCCAUCAGUCACCCUACCUCAAACCGGUGGUGCCAACCCUUUGAUGCGUGCAGCACAGUCACCAAACCUUAAUGCACACACACCACUGUACUGCACAAAUCUCAACGCGAAGAGGAGAAAACCUGCAUUGCUUUCCUCUCACCUCUGAUGUACUUUAAAUUUCAGUUUUUAGCCCAUCAAAUGCUUAACCCUUUGUUCCCUGUUUAGAGCCCAUCUUUGUACAGUGGACCAAAAGUAGAUAUUUUCUAAUAUUCAGAGAUAUAAAGAUAUAUAGAUAUAUAUAAAUAUAUAUGUAUAGUAUAUGAAAUGAUGAUACACUAAAUAUAUUUGUUGCUUUUCAUGUGUUUUGAUCUGAUUGUUAAGACGUGAAUGUUUCUUUUGGUAGCUCAUCUGUAAUUACUUCAUUGACUGUGAAAUAUGAACAGCUUGGGAACUACAGCGCUUUGCAAAAGUAUUCAUACCUCCUUCAGCAUUUUGCAACCUUACUACCACAAGCUUUACUUUGUCUUAUAGGGGGAUACUAAAAGUAAAUUAGUGCAUAGUUGUGGAUUGGAUAGAUUUUACAGAUAAAUAUCUGAAAAGUGUGCCGUGCACUUUUAUUCAGCCAGACGGAGCAGCCUUUGCUGCGUUCACAGCUGCAUGUCGGUUGGGGUUCGCCCUACCAGCUCUGGACAUCAAGGGACUGAAAUCUUUGCCCAUUCUUCUUUGCAGAAUAGCUCAAUCGUAGUGAGACUGGAUGAAAAGCAUCUGUGAACAUCAUAUUCUCGAUUUGAUUCUGAAUAGACUUCUGGACUUUGACUGGACUUGGCCAUCCUAACACCACUGGUUCCCAAUCCAGGUCCUCAGGUCCCACUCUCCUGUAUGUUUUAGUUGACGCACACCUGGUUUAAAUGAAUGAGUAAUUAACAGGCUUCUGCAGCACUUGAUGGCAUGCUGAGACAGUAAUGCUAGUUAUUUGAAUCAAGUAUGCUGGAACAGAGACACAUCUGGCUGUGGGCCUUGAGGACCAGGGUUGAGAUCCCCUGAUCUGAACCAUUGUAGCUCUUGUUGUAUGUUUAGGGUUGUUGUCCUGCUGGAAGGGGAACCUCUGUUCCAGGCUCAAGUCAUCGGCAGCCUGUAACAGGUUUUCUUACAGGAUUGCCCUGUAUUUAGCUCCAUCCAUUCUCCCAUCAACUCUGACCCCUUGUUACUGUGGAAGAAAAGUAUCUGCGCAAAAUGAUGCUGCCACCGUCAGAGGACAACAUUUUUUACUUUGGCCUCAUUUUGGCUGACCAGAAAGCCACCUUUUACCUGGUUCUGAAACUGCAAACUUUCUUCCAACAAUGGAUUUGUUCUUUCCACUGUUAUAUAGGUGGAGUAUAGGACCCAUAGUUAAUCUGUCAACAGAUUAUCCCACCUGAUCUGCAGUGGAUCACUGCAGAUCACAUUCCCAAAACAACCCCUCUAGAGUUUAAGAAUCGUACCGAGACCACCUCGUCUAAAAGGGCUCGGUACGGUUGUUUUGGUCCGCGCCCUAGUGCGAUUGCUGUGUUCACAUUUACACAAACAAACACCUCAGGAGUGAAAACACCCUCAGUUAUAGGCUAUUGUUUAUGGUUAUUAUAGGGAAGCCACAGGUUUUAGAUUUGUGGAUCAUUUUAUCAUUUUUGGUCCACUCCACAAUGAUGCAUUACCUUAUAUUGCUGUGUUUCAUAAAGUCCUAAUUAAAUAGGGAGAUGUUUGUGGUUGUAAUGUAAUAAAAUGUGGAAAUAGUUGGAGGUGCAUAAAUAUUUUUGCUAGGAACCGUAACCUUUGACCCCUUAGACUACAACUAUACUUGAAUUGUUAUAGCCUUCUACGUUAUGGGGAAUAUUGAGAUUAAUCCUCUUUGUAGGAACCUCUUCUUUUUUUUUUUUUAUUGUUUUUGCUAAAACGUUUUUGCCGUUGUUUUUUUGAUGCUUGUCUGUAACAUUUCUCCACAAACUGUUUAUUUAUUGAUAUUUAUUGCGUUUCUGUUAAAAGUGCUUAUGCGAACGUUGCAAUGGCAUCUGAGGAUAAAUAAGAAAUUAUCCCACUGCAAAGCGUGAAGCUACUGUACAGAAAGAGCAGAAGGUUGGUUGUUUUGUUUAUUCUUUGUUUUCUCUGUAUGGUUUUAAAGAGAAAAGGGGAGGUGGGGUAGCACUGUAUUUGCUGUAAGUACAAAUCUUUGUGUUAUUAACAGUGCACAGGUGGUUUAACUGUUUUGUUUUUGUGCAACUUGGAUGGGCCUCAACAUUGAAUAGGGUGGGAAAGUGCAAAUGCUUUGUGUCAUUUAUGUUGAUGAGUCGGCGGACUCCAAGAUGUUUUGUUUUGUUGGAGGAAUUUGAAAAGGAAAAUCCUGGCGGUCAGGUUCUUACUUCGAUCGUGCUGACUUGAAAAAUUUGACCAGAUCUAGGAAAUGGCCGCGUUAAGAUCUGGCUCAUCCAUUUUAUUUGUAAGGGAUUGCUAAAGUCUCAAAAAAAGACAUUGAACUAUGCUGUGUGUAGCUGCAAGUUGAAGGCCUUUUCUCUUUUGUCUUUUACACUUUUUUGUACCCAUUUUACUCUAUGAAACGGUUCCAGUUCAGGCAAUAAUCUCAAAGUGGAGACGGUGGCUUAAAGCAUGAAAGGAUCUAAGACUGUAAUGUCUCCACGUCUUCUCGAUUUACUCACUAAAUUAAAGAAAACAAUACUCUAAA